UCAGCAUCACAUUUUACACUGUGCUCUGUACCCUUCAUCCGCUGAGAAAAUGGUAGAUGCUUUCUGUGCCACCUGGAAACUGGUAGACAGCCAGAACUUUGAUGAGUACAUGAAAUCACUGGGAGUUGGCUUUGCGACCAGGCAGGUAGGAAACGUGACUAAGCCAACGGUCAUCAUUAGCCAAGAAGGUGACAAAGUGGUGAUUAGGACUCAGAGCACAUUCAAGAAUACAGAGAUCAGCUUCAAGCUGGGAGAGGAGUUUGAUGAAGCCACUGCUGAUGACAGGAACUGCAAGUCCACUGUAACCCUGGAAGGCGAUAAAAUAGUCCAUGUACAGAAGUGGGAUGGCAAAGAGACUAAGUUUGUAAGAGAAAUAAAGGAUGGCAAAAUGGUUAUGACUCUAACCUUUGGUGACAUUGUUUCUGUUCGUCAAUAUGAGAAGGCAUAGACAUUGGA